GACCGAGCGGUUUCUAAACAGUUUGAUUUUGGAAGUGAUUUGUGGAAGCAGUGUGCAACGGAAACAGAAAGAAAGCAAAUCGAAAUCUGCGGGUAUCGCAAGAACGACAACAACAACAACUAUUAACUAUCAAAUAGCGCAACAAUCUUGUGCAAAUAAUUGCAAUUGAUUUAUCAACAAUUGUGUGCGGAAUGCAUGCCGGUACUGCUUCUGUGCCUAUUACUCGUCUGGUCCUGGUGUGUGAAGGAAUUAUUUUUAAUAACGGAUUCUAAUAAUAACAAGAAUUUGAUAAGCAACAACAACUUAAUCUGACAUAAAAGACAAGUAUAUUGUUGUGGUCAAAGGAAAUUUCCAUCGAUGACAAGAGGCCACUGGGCUUAUAUUAAACCAAACCAUCAUCCAACAACAGCGGCUGUGGCCAAAGGUCACUUUCAUACCGUAUGUUAUAAUAAAAAGAAACUGGUAGCAACUCAUCACUGAUGUGAGGGAAUUGACUUGGAGUAGGAAUAAAAAACAAAAUAAAUUUAAAAGGAAUCGAGCGAAUUUUGCUAAAAUGUUUAAAACAAAGGCACUACUGCAGGGCUUUGCAAAAGAAUUUUUAUGUGUGAAACGAAAGUCUUCUUCAUCUGCCGUUUCCGGUCCUGUGCCCCUGGAUCCGAAAAAUUUUAAGCUCCAAAGGGCUUUAUUAGUUUCCAAAUUGUCACGCUAUGAAUUCGAACAACUAAGGCAUCCGCAUCUAAAUCCUGAGCAACUUGAAGCGAAAUUACGCGAUCGUGGCACCGACUUUGACGCCUUAAUAUUUUUACACAAUCUUCACAAGGAUUUUGAGCGUACCAUUGUAAGAAGUUUCCAGGAUGUGGGUUGCGAAGUUAAAUUGGCAAAUCGAGUCGAAUUUAGAAGCUCUUUAAGCAAGGAUAUAAUGCAUUGGGCCGAUGUGAUAGUACCUAUUGGUGGGGAUGGUACAUUUCUGCUGGCUGCUGGUCGUGCUAGUCCUCUUUUCGCUCAAUCUCAACAGAAGACACCAAUUGUUGGUUUCAAUUCCGACCCAAAGCGAUCCGAGGGUCGCCUUAUGUUGCCCAAACAUUACUCCGAGAAUCCCGCAGAUGCAGUGGCCAAAAUCAAAAGUGGUGAUUUUCAAUGGAUGAAUCGUUCACGCAUUCGCACCACCCUCCUGGGAAACAAUGGUAAAAUACCAGAAUCUACAGAUUUAUAUCGGCAUUGUGUAUCAAAAAUGGAACAAGAGAAGACUGAACCUCAAUUCUUGAGCAAAGAAAUGUCGCGAAAAUACAAAGCAAAAAUGAAACGCAUUUUGCCAUAUCUGGCAUUAAACGAAGUAUUUAUAGGCGAGUCAUUGUCGGCGCGUGUCUCCCAUUUACAAUUGGUCGUCAAUCAUCAGCAUAUAGUAAACAAAACUAAAAGUUCUGGCCUGUGUGUUAGCACAGGAACCGGAUCGACUUCGUGGCAUACCAGCAUAAACCGAAUUAGCAGAAAACACAUGGAAGAUUUGUUUCAAGUUUUACCGGAUACUGCCAAAAAAGCCCUACGUGGCAUAAGCAUUGAAGAAUUGGUUAAUAUAUACAAUCAGAAUUUACUAUUCCCUCCAGACGAUCCUCGCAUAAGUUAUUCUAUUAGAGAACAGAUCUGUGUUGGUGUUUGGCCUAGCCCCAAGGAUUUUGAAUCACGUGGUUUUGUUAAGAAUUUAUUUGUGAAAUCUCGUUGCAUUGAUGCAAAUUUGGUUAUUGACGGUAGCAUUUCAUACCCCUUCAAUGAUGGCGCCAAAGCUUUAUUAGAAAUUCACCCAGAAGAUGCUUUAUUAGCCAUAAGUUUGGACUGAUUAGCGAUUGUUGUUGAAAAAAAAGAAACGAUAAUAUUAUUAACUUACCAUAAGUUUAAAUGUUUAUUACUAUUUUUAUAUAAUAUAUAUACAUUAAUAAGUAUAAAGUUAAAUGUACCCUACCAACAAAAUAAGACCUGAUAUUCAUUUGUUUUGUUUCGAAUGAAAACAUUUGAAUUGCUGUACAA